UGCAGGGCAUCGAGGGUGGUCUUGACACACUAUAUCUCUCAACUCUCUAGGGUUUUAGCAACUCGGGACCAUGGAAGCCACCGUCACCCCAGCCCCAGUCUCCAGUUGGAGCAACAUCGUGAAGAAGCAGCCGGACCCAAAGCCCCAAAACUUCUCCUCCUCCUCAAUCGCCACCACCAAAGUCUUGGUCGAAAGCUGCAAGUCCUCCAAGGGCAUAGCCGUCGCCGUCGUCGACGCCAAUGCUUUCAUUCAGGGCGGCGAGACCCUCCCCCACUGCGCCGACAAGUUCGUCUCCAUCCCCGAGGUCAUCGACGACGAGGUCCGUGACCCUAUUUCCCGCCACCGCCUCGCCCUCCUUCCCUUCCAAGUCCACACCAUGGAGCCCUCCCCUGAAUCCCGCGAUAAAGUUGAAAAGUUUGCGAGGGCUACUGGGGAUUUCCAGUCACUGUCAGAGGUUGAUAUUCGUCUUAUUGCUAUGACAUAUACACUGGAGGCUCAGAUACAUGGCACUGAGCGCCUCAGGGACUGUCCUCCGCCGGUGCAUACUCUCAAUGUCAGGAGGUUGCCGGAGAAGGAAUUGCCCGGCUGGGAAAAUAAUGUCCCUAAUUUGGAAGAGUGGGAAGCGCUGGAAAACAAAGCGGAGGAUAAGAGCAACUCUGGUUCGAGGAUUCUUCCGUUGAAAGAUAUUAACUUGAAUGUUUCUGUUGAUGGUUCUGCGGUGGAAAUUAGAAGUGAUGUUCAUUCUGAGAAUCAGGAGGGUGGUGAGGGCAUUCAGGGGAGAUAUAGGAGAUAUUUUCCAAAGAAGAAAGAGAUAAAUAUUGAAGGGAAGAUGGUUUCUGAUGGAAUUGAUGCGUCCCAAGGACAAGUUGAUGAUAAUGCUGGUGACUGGAUGCCUGCUGUUAGUCGGAGUACACAUAGAAGGUUUUUGAGAAGAAAAGCUAGACGUGAGUCUUAUGAGGCGGCAUCAGCUGAUAAUGAUCCUCAGCUACAUGCUGAGGAAAACACAAGUGGUGGCGUACUUGUGGAUGUGAAUUUUUCUGUUGAAGGAGAUGAGGUUGAAAUGAUAAAUGAAAGGCUGGAUCACUUGGAGAUCUCAAGCGAUAAUGAUGCAAGUGUUGAUACAUUAAAUGUGAACGAUGAUACUAGUCAGCAGAUCUGGAUGCUGAGAUCCUUGUCUGAGUCUAGUGUAGCUUGUAUAACAAGUGAUUUUGCAAUGCAAAAUGUUAUUCUGCAGAUGGGUUUACGGUUGUUGGCACCUGGAGGAAUGCAGAUCCGCCAGCUGAAGAGGUGGAUUUUGAAAUGCCAUGCUUGUAAUACUUUGACCACUGCAAUUGGGAGAAUGUUUUGUCCAAAGUGUGGAAAUGGUGGUACCUUGUGCAAGGUAGCAGUUACAGUGGAUGAGAAUGGGAUUACUGUUGCGGCACCUAAGCCUCAGAUCACCAAGCGUGGCACAAGAUUUUCACUUCCUUUACCACAAGGUGGAAGAAAUGCCAUUACCAAAAACCCUGUUUUACGUGAGGAUCAGCUUCCACAAAAGUACCUCCAUCCAAAGACAAAGAAGAAAGCAAAUAAGCCGGGAGAUGACGACCUACUCACUUCCAAUGACUUCAUCUUCAUCCACCAUUCGGAUAAAAAUGCUCCUUUGCAGCCUCCAGUGAGGAAGGCAUUAGCUGCUUUCCGCGGGAGGAGGAAUCCCAACGACAAUCAUUAUUCACAUUCCAAGCAUUAGUAGUGUGUUUAACCGUCUUCUGUGUGUGUUAGAAAGACUAGUAUUUCAUUUUAAGAGAUUGUUUUGGGUCCAGUUUUGGUGUUUUGCCAUCAUAAAUUGUGUGAUAAUUAUGUGCUCAACUCUCAGACCGUCAUACCUUAUUGCAUAUAAGUCUUACAGUAAUAACAAUGCUAAGAAAAAUUUUGAGAAUGGAAAACAUAAACUUCCGAGGACUGGGUUUUGGCAAUGUACAUGG